UAUUCAUCUCAAAUAGUUGCAAAAAUGCGAAAGAGAGUGAUUUCUGCUCUUUCCAUCACUCAAAAAAGAUGGAAUCUUGAAAACUCAACAGGCUUCUUCAAUGGCAGUGAAAGUAAGUCUCAAAUUUCAUUUACCAACUCUUCAAAUCACAAGAAUGAAAGACAAAAAAUAAAUUUGUCUAGUUUUGAAACUGUGAAAAAUGGUGAUGAUGCCAUUUCUUUAUUCCAUCAAAUGAUACUUGUUCAACCUAGGCCUUCAUUCACUGGAUUGUUGAAGUUAGUUGCAAAGAAUAAACAAUACUCUGUUGUUAUUCAUAUAUUUAAAGAAAUGUGUAUUUUAGGCAUACCCUUUGAUAAAUACAUUCUUGCUGUUUUAAUGAAUUCAUAUUGUUGCUUGAGAAGAGUGGAUUGUGGGUUUUCUGUAUUAGGAGUAUACGUAAAACGAGGUUAUGAAUCUGAUGUAUUUACUUAUAGUAUACUGUUGAAAGGUUUGAUUUUGUGUAAUAAGAUUACUGAGGCAGUAGAAUUUUUCAAGAAGUUGGCUAGAGAAAAAGUGUGUGAACUUGAUCAAGUGUCGUACUCGACUCUCAUGGAUGGGUUGUGUAAGUCGGGGCAUACCCAAACAGCAGUUAAUUUACUCAGAAGCAUGGAAAGAGAAGGUCGUGAACCUAACGUUGUGUGUUAUAGCACCAUAAUUGACAGUUUAUGUAAGGAUCGAAUGGUAGGAGAGGCCUUCAGACUUUUCACCGAAAUGAUUGAGAAAGGCGUUCUUCCUGACGCUGUUUCAUACAAUUCGAUCAUUCAAGGUUUUUGUAAUUUUGGACGGUGUGAACAGGUUAAGAAGCUACUAAAUCAGAUGAAGGAUCAUGGACUGUGUGCAGAUGUCUAUACCUAUAAUAUAUUAGUCGACACCCUUUGCAAGGAAGGUCUGGUGGAAGACGCGGAAGAUAUAAUUAAAUGUAUGAUUCAAAAGGGCACUGAUCCCAAUGUAGUUACAUACAACGCGUUGAUAGAUGGAUACUGUUUGCAAGGCCGUAUACAUGAAGCAAAAGAAGUGUUUGAUUCCAUGGUUCAGAGGGGUGUUCAACCUACCACUAUUAGCUACAACAUUCUAAUCAAUGGUCAUUGCAAAAGAGGGGAAAUGGAUGAAGCCAUGCAUCUAGUGAGAGAAAUUCCUCUAAAGCAAUUAAAACCUGAAAUUAACACAUACAACACUGUUUUGCAGGGAUUAUUUCGAGCUAGGAGAUAUGUCCAUGCACAAAAAAUAUAUGAUGAGAUGCAUGCUUUAGGAUUCAAUCCCGAUUUCCAUACUUACUGCAUUAUGCUAUAUGGGUUGUGCAAGAAUGGACAUGUUGAAGAAGCUUUGGAGUUCCUUCAAGAGCUGCAAAAGAAGGGUGUGGACCUUAGCUGUCAAAUGUAUGGUAUUGUCAUUGCUGGAUUGUGCAGAAAAGGGAAGCUUGAUAUUGCACGUGAUAUAUUCAAUACAGUGUCUUCCAAGGGAAUAUAUCUUGAUGUGAGGUUUUACUUUGCAAUGAUAUAUGGUCUUUGCCGAGAAGGUUUGCUAGAUGAAGCAAAAGACUUGAUGAGAAAGAUGGAACAAAAUGGUUGCCCGCCUCAUAAUCUCACUUAUGAUGUUAUUUUGCAAGGAUUUCUUAGAAGGAAUAAGUUAGAUGAGGUACUUCCACUUUUGCAAGAAAUGGUUGACAAGGGUUUCUCUCCUAAUGCACAUACAUUUUCGCUGCUGAUCAAUCUACCUUCAGCUGAAUCUACUCUACUCGGCAUGAUUGAGAGAUUAAGACCCAAAGUAGUGUGAAAGUGAUUGCAUUUUAAUUCAUUAUAUUCUGGUAGAGGGACAGGAUCCAGCAGCCACCUGGUGUGUUGCUUGUUCGAAAAUUUCACCCCUGAAAAAUGAUCAUUUCUUGUAGUUGGGAAAGAAGUCUCAAUUAGUCAAAAUAGUUCUAGACUAGUCGCAACUGUUCUUGAUUUUGUUAGGGAAGAAAGGGUGGAAGAACAUUGGAAGAAAAGAGGAAUUUUAAAAUGGACAGCAAUGUUGGUGAUGUGAAAUACAUGAAUCUGCUCAUCCCCUAUCAGAUGGGAAACUUGCAACUUUCUGAAAGAAUAUGGAGGACAACACAUGGAGAUGGAAGAGCUGCUAUCACUUCUGGGAAAGCUCCAGAAUAGAAGUCACCAGCCAGAGAAGAGACAGACUUACGUUGGGUAGUAAAUUAGGAAGGCUCAUAUUCAGUCAAAGCAGGGUAUCCAACUUAGAACUGAUUGAACAAUGGCCUUGGAAAUUAAUUUGGAGAACUAAAACUGCCACAAAGGUCAUUUGUUUCAGUUGGAUUGCGUGCAUGCCUAACCCAGGCCUUUGCAAUUCUGAAACAAUCAAUCACUUGUUUCCUUGCUAGCCCGGUUGCAACAGGAAUUUGGAACAUGUUUCUACACUUUUUGGACUGCAUUGGUCUAUGCGUGCAGUGUCAGAGAGGCUUUAGUGAGCUGGAAUUCCUCAGAAAUUGAGAAGUCCAUCAAAAGGCUAUGGUCUGCGGUGUCUGCUUGCAUUUGUGGUGCAUAUGGUCAGAAGGGAAUCAAAGAUGCUUUGAUGGCAUUUCAACUGCCAACUAUACACUCAAGGCCAAAAACUGAUUCUCAUAUCUUUUGGACGCUGUUUCUGAAAAUUCAAGUUUUUGAUGGGUCAAUUGGCAGCUUAUGACAUCUAAAUGCUGUUGUUGCAUCAAAACUGACUACAAUUCAUCAUUUGUUCAGAGCUGAGAGAUCUGAGAAUCAUGUGAAAGAUGAUAUUAGGAAUAAUUUUUUUAACUAGGUUGUUUAAUCGAUGUUGAGUUACCUUUUCUAAAAAUCAUUUCUAUCAUUACACUCCUAUUACCUUUUGCUUCGAUUUAUACUUUACCUAUUGUUUGUUUUGCUU